UAUACAGCAGAAAUUUACAUCCGAGGUUUAUUUUAGAUUUGUUAGAGGAACCAAAUACCAGAUAUUGAAAGAAUAACUGUUGGUACAAGAUUGGCUUCCUGUGGUACAAACAUAAUACGAGUAAAUCUUUUUGAAAGGCUAGAUUGCCAUAAGAAGUUUUGUAAAGCAGAAGAUUUUUAGCCACAACAUGACAUGACCUAUUUUAUUCAUUCUGGGAACUGUUGACGGCUAUAAUAAAGUAUUCCAGACCUGCCAGACGGCUUGCAAUCUUCAAGAACAGACGACAAGUUUACUGGAAAGGAAUCAACAUGUCUAAAAUCCGGAACUGGUGGAACUAUGAUAACAUUAUAUUCACAAAAGAAGAUAAGAAGGCCUUUUUUACCGUUUUAGAGCAAUUACCUACCGGAUUUUCGAACCACUUAGGAUGCUGUUUUAAAAUGAAGACCAGCCAAGGCAAUCUCGUUUGGGUUUCUACAACUGAAAUUUUUAAAACUUUGAAGUCGAAAAAACAUUUUGCACGACGUUGCAAGGAGAACAACGAAAUGCAGCCAUUUGAAUCGGAAGUUCAUUCCAAUGGUGGCAUAAGUUUUGUCAGUUGUAAUGCAGAAGAUGGAAACUAUUUCACAUUUGGAGAGAGUCGAAAAUUGAAAAAUGAGGUAUCUGCAUUUGUCUUCGACAAUCAAAAAAUCCUUGAGCUGAAGUUCCUGAGGAUCUCUGGUACUGACGAUUACGAGUUAGAUAGUUCUUCAAGUUCGAAAGCAAGCAGUAGCUUCGAUUUAAGCAGAGCAGUUGGGUCACCAGUUAUUGUACCAGUUGACAAACCAGGACGAAAUCAAGUAAUUGGUGUUUUGGAUGUCAAUAACGAAGAUGGAAGUCUCCAUCCGGUUUUUUUUAAUUCGCAUACUUUUAAAAUUGGUAACGCCUAUAAAACUCAAGUAGAAACUGUUCAACCAACUCAGCAAGGACCAACCGACGUCAUUCCUACUCGAUCACAAGCAUCCUUAACCAACCAGGCAACAGGACCAAGAGUGUUUGACAUAGAUUAUAAUUCAGAUACAAGAAGCGGUGACAAAAUACAAGAAGGAAAAGAUCACUCAAGACUAGCAAGAACCUCCCUUUUAGACAGGGAGUAUAAUGAUGCAGUGAUGCAUGCAAACAAAUGGCUGGCCAUCGCUAGGGAGACGGGUGACCAACUGGAAGAGAAUGAGGCUUAUGAAAUCUUAGGAAACGCCCAUCUGUCGUUAGGAAACAACAAUAAGGCAAUUGAACACUUCGAAAAGUAUCUUGAAAUCGAAAAUACCAACGUGCUAAGUGCAAGUAAAAGAAGAGUAUUCGAAACGUUAGAAAAUAUUUACUACACUUUAGGAAAAUACACUAAGGUUGUUGAGUUGUACGAAAUGUYUUCGAGUAUUUCCGUGAAGUUGGGUGACAAUGAAAAGGAAGCAGAUGCUUACGAGAUCUUAGGAAAGACUUGCCAAUCGUUAGGAUUUUAUGAUAAGGCUGUCGAAUGUCACCUAAAAACAGUUAGUAUAGCUGUUAACAAUAAUGACCAGGAAAGAGAAUGCGCUGCUUUAAGAAACUUAGGGAAUGCCCAUAAAUCACUAAGUAGGUACGACAAAGCAAUUGAAUGCUAUGAUAAUAGUCUUACCAUUGCAUCGGARUUAGGAAACAGACAGGCUGAAGUAACUGCUUAUGGUAGCUUGGGAACGACGUAUCAAUUACUCGGGAAUCAGCACAAGGCAGAGGAGUUUAUCCAAAAGCAACUUGAUAUAGCUGUCAAGAUAAGGGAUAGGAAGGCUGAAGGGAUGGCCUAUGGGAACUUAGGAAAUUAUUUUGCGUCUUUAGGGAAGUACCACAAGGCAAUCGARUCUAUCAAAGAACAAAUGAAAAUUGCUWCUCAGACAAAUGACACAGARGSAGAAGCAGUAGCUAGUGGCAACUKAGGGAAUCUGUAUGAAUUAGUGGGAAAAUACAAGGAGGCAAUGACAUGUUAUGAAAUACAGCUUUGUGUGUACAAUAGAUUGAGAGACAGGCAUGGGGAAGGAAAUGCAUACGGAAGUUUAGGAAAAGUUCAUAUGAACUUGGGCGAUAAUGACAGGGCUAUGCCAUAUUGCCUAAAACACCUUGCCAUUGCUAAAAGUUUAGGUGACAAAAAGGAAGAAAGUACAGCUUACAGAAACGUAGGAAAUGCCUUAGCAUCAUUAAAAGAAAAUGACAAGGCAAUUGAAUGUUUCCAAAAGAGCCUUAAGAUUGCUGAAGAAAUAGGUGAUAAGCAGGGAGAAGGAAAUGCUUAUGACAGGUUAGGAAAUGUUUAUCAGUUGACACAUAAUUACAGUGAAGCAAAGAAGUACCACGAAAAGCAUCUUUCCAUUGCUACUGAUAGAUGCGAUAAACAAGGAGAAGGAGAAGCUCAUUACAACAUAGGUAUUUGCUUAUACAAGGGAGCGCCACUAAAUAACCCCAAAAGCAGUGAUCAUCUCAGAAGAUGUGAAAAACACCUGUUAAAGAGUCGUCAAUGUUACGAGGAGCUGCUUGAAAACUUACGAGAUGAAACCGAGCUCAAGAUCUCUAUUGCUGACAUAUUCACUAAAGUGCACAAAAGCCUGGCCGAAUUCUACAUUGAAACUGACCGAAUAGAAAAAUCUAUUUUGGAAUCAGAACGUGGAAAAGCCCGUGUUUUGGGAAAUGUCCUGAGUACAAAGCACAGCUUGGAUCUAGAUUACUCACUAGAACUUGCAGAUGGUGUUUUAAUAAAUGCCUGUAUUGUGUUUUAUGAUAUUGACAUUCGAAAGACGACAGUUCGAAUUUGGCUUCUGGAUUCCGAAAAGCCACCAUUUAUCACUAGCUCAGAGAUCAACAUGAGACAUGUGACCUACCCAUCGUGGCGAGACCCAGAAUCGUCUUUGCUGCGGUCUGCAAUACUAGAUCUUGAUGAUGAUGAUGAUGAAUUUGUUUUGGAGAACUAUUGUGAUCUUUAUUCAACGCUGAUUGCUCCAAUAAAACACAAACUGGACAAUCGCGAGAUUAUCAUAAUUCCAGACGGACCUCUCUUCAUGGUUUCAUUUGCUGCCCUUCAAGAUCCAUUCACAAAAAAAUUCCUUAUGGAGACUAACACCAUUCGUUUCGCGCCAUCCAUGAAAGUUAUGAAAAUUCUCCAUGAAGUCAGCGCGCGUGACCCCAAGCACGAGUCAAAAGCGAUCGUUUUUGGAAAUCCUGAAAUUGGACGAGCCCUGUAUGAAGGCAAAGUAAGAGCGUUCACUCCAUUACCUGGUGCAGAGCUUGAGGCGAUUGCCAUUGGUAAUUUGCUCGGGGUAAAACCAUUAGUAGGAAACCAAGCAACCAAAAAGGCAUUGUUGGGGCACCUGCAGUCAUUUUCGUCUGUUAUCCACAUUUCAACUCAUGGUUUUGAGGAUAAGCUUCUUCUUGCUCCUGUACUUUCGGCUCCAGGAAAUAUCCCAGAAGAAGAAGAUUAUGUCUUGUCGAUUGAGGAUGUUCUCAAAACUAAUGUUGAAGCUCGUCUCGUUGUGCUGAGUUGCUGCCACAGUGGUCGAGGGGAGAUCAAGUCGGAGGGUGUCGUGGGAAUGACUCGAGCCUUUCUUGCUGCAGGAGCGCGUGCUGUUGUAGCAGCAAUAUGGCAGCUUGAAGAUUACGCCACUGCCGAAUUUAUGUAUCAUUUUUAUUCGCAUCUGAAAAGUGGAGUGAGUGCAAGUAAGAGUCUCCAGCAAGCAAUGAAUGCGAUGAAACAAAUUGAGAAAUACAAGGAACCAAGAUAUUGGGGUGGAUUCUUUGUUAUUGGAGAUGACGUUACCUUCGAUAUGCAUUCUACAGUUUGAACAGGACAUUUAUAAACAAUUUGAUAUAAUAGACUAAAGUUAUAAGAGUUUCACUAGGUCGGCGUCAAGUAAGCAAUUGGUGCUGACUUUGUUUACAUGUGCUAUGUUGGUGCUAUGUUGUUCUUGGUUGAAGAGCUCAAAUCAUGAACAAUAGUAAUCAUUGAGAGCAGAAAAUGUAUUUUCCAAUGUUAAAAAAAAGAAUAACGUCCUCUUUCAGGAUUUUGUAGAUUAAAUCAUUCCUUAGUAGACGUCACUUCAUUUGCAUUUUGUAAGUUUCAAUACUGCCAAUUAAUAACAGUUUUAGGUCAUACAGUUUAAGAUCAAUUUCUUACUUCACAGAUGUACUUAGCAGCAUUUUCUCUUUUGGAUGAGAAUGGAUGAAUGUCAUGUGCACUUUAGCUAGAACCUUAAAAUAUCUCCAUAUCAUAGAGCAUAGAGGGAUAAUAUAGAAUGUCUAGUUGCAUCGACCAGAUGAAAGACUGUUUCUUCUUUCGUGUAGUAAUCUUAGGGAAGAUUACACUAAGUGAUACCUUCAAGACGUUAUGUUUUUAUAUUCACAGUAUGUACAAAUUAGAUCAGAAGGUAACACUAAGUGAUACCUUCAAUAAUGUUUUUUCAAAGGAAAGAGAUACAUUAUAAAUUACAACACACAGGGUGAAAAAAAGAAGUACCCUAAUGACAUGUCAGUGAUUUGAAGAGGAUAUUCAUACUUAUCUUUUACCCUAAUGACGUCAUGUCUUUUUUAGCGGAGUGCACCUUGGUAUUGAUAAAUUAGAAUCAAGAUAUCGGCUAAGUUUCUUUGCGAAAUUAAUGUUAUCUGUUAUGAUGUGUACACAGUAACGUAUCCUCCAAAGUAUUCUCGAGGGUGGACAUUGUCAAUUUUGAAAAGAAAUUUCGUCAUGGUCCUUCAUAGGUUUUAUACGACGUCCUCCAUCUUGAUGCUUUUAUCAUUAUGUAGUCAACACCAGAACAAGCAUGCAUGACGUCAUUGGGGAAAACGAGAAAUUAAGUAAGUCCGCUUUUAGACUAAGCUUGAAAAAAAUGAAGUACUUUCAGAACUGUUCAUGUCUAAGAAAAGUAAAUCAUCAUUAUUUUUAUGAAAUUAGAAAUGGUAAAAAAUAUCUGUGUUAGUAAGCUAAAAUAAGAACUCAACAAUAGCGAUUUAAAAAUAAAGCACAAA